GGGACCAUGCUGCAGCCACACAUUGAAGCAGGGACUGCCUUCAUUCAGACCCAGCAGCUCCAUGCAGCCAGAGCUGACACCUUCCUGGAACAUGUGUGCCGCCUGGACAUGGACUCCACUCCCAUCACGGCCCACAACACUGGCAUCAUGUGUACCAUUGGCCCUGCUUCCCGAUCUGUGGAGAUGCUGAAGGAGAUGAUUAAGUCUGGGAUAAAUGUGGCUCCGUUGAAUUUCUCUCAUGGAACUCAUGAGUACCAGGCAGAGACCAUCAAGAAUGUAUGUGCAGCCACAGAAAGCUUUGCAUCUGAUUGCAUUCUCUACUGUCCCAUUGCAGUGGCUCUGGACAUAAAGGGACCGGAGAUCAGAACUGGACUCACCAAGGGCAGCGGCACCACAGAGGUGGAGCUGAAGAAGGGAGCCACUCUGAAGAUCACCCUGGACAAUGCCUACGUGGAGAAGUGUGACAAGAUCAUCCUGUGGCUGGACUGUAAGAACAUCUGCAAGGUGAUGGAGGUGGGCAGCAAGAUCUACGUGGAUGAAGGGUUCAUCUCGCAAGUCAAAGAGAAAGGUGCUGACUACCUGGUGACAGAGGUGGAGAAUGGUGGCUCCUUGGGCAGCAAGAAGGGUGUGAACCUGCCUGGAGUUGCUGUGGUCCUGCCUGCCAUGUCAGAAAAGGACAUCCAGGACCUGAAGUUUGGGGUGGAGCAGGGUGUGGACCUGGUGUUUGCAUCUUUCAUCUGCAAGGCAGCUGACAUGCAUGAAGUUUGGAAGGUCCUGGGAGAGAAGGGCAAGAACAUCAAGAUCAUCAGCAAAAUCGAGAAUCUGGAAAUUCCCAAAAAGCCAGUGGGAAGGUGGGAAUGGGAACUGCUGAAAAGACUUGAUGAUCCAUUGUCUGCGCAGGUAGUAUUGGGCUGCUUUGAACAGCAGCAGCAGUAG